AUGGGGGCUCUGGGGGUACUCUUGGGGGUGCUGGCUUUCCUAGGGGUUGCUCCAGGGGGCUCCCAUACCCUUCACUGGCACAGUACCUCCUGCCAUUUGGUCCGGCCCAUCCCUGGUAGCGCUCUGGGCUCCCUGAGCUUCUUGGGCACAGAUGACCAAGGCCUGGCAUUAUUCCAGGCCUUCUGGGAUGCGCACCACAGGCUGCAGGUUUGUAUCAGGCAGGAUGAAUCUGAGCUUACCACCGCGUUCAGGACCCUCUGUGCACACGAGUUCUUGCAGCAUGCCUUCAUCCACACCCCUGGACCCGAGCUGCAGGGAGCACUGGCCAGUCUGCAGAGCCAGUGGGCGGCCUGUCCAAGGUCGGAGGAUAGCCCUACAGGAGCCAGGGAGAAGCGAGCAACAGAACAGAGUGGAGCGCCUGACAGAGAGCACUAUCGAAGGAGGAGAGGCUGGACCAUUCCUGGCACGCUGUGGUGCGGUGUUGGGAACUCUGCUGAGAACUCCUCAGAACUGGGUAUGUUCCAUGGCCCUGACCUCUGCUGCCGGGAACACGACCAAUGCCCACAAACCAUCUCGCCCUUGCAGUAUAACUAUGGCAUCCGAAACUUCCGAUUCCACACCAUCUCUCACUGUGACUGCGAUGCCAGGUUUCAACAGUGCCUAAGGAGCCAGGGUGACUCCAUCUCCGACAUCAUGGGCGUGGCCUUCUUCAAUGUGCUGGAGAUCCCCUGCUUUGUGCUGAAGGAGCAGGAGGCCUGCGUGGCUUGGCACUGGUGGGGCGGGUGCAGGGCCUAUGGCUCAGUUCCGCUUGCUCACCUCCAGCCCAGGACUUACUAUAAUGCCUCCUGGAAGGCUGAGACCACCUCGCUUACGCCCAGCCCCCAAAGCUCAGCCCCCAGCAAACACUCCCAGAAGAGGGGCCCACCACAGACACAAGUCAGACGCCACAGCACAGUCACCACUACACCCCUGCAGACCCCUGCCAUCUCCUCCAGACCUGAUAUGAUCCCCAGAGGCCAGCCAGGAGUCCCCCAUCCUGGCCUCCAGGAUGGCCCAAAACAUCAAGGUGCCCGCCGAGUCUGUCGAAGCCUUCGCCACCUGGACCGGUGCGAGCACCGGAUCAAGCCCCAGGAAACCAAGUUCCACCUACUCAACAGUGCCCAGACGCCCCUUUUCCAUUGCAAUUGCACGCGCCGUCUGGCACGUUUCCUGAGGCUCCAUAGCCCGCCUGCAGGCACCCACAAGGUCUGGGAGCUCCUGGGUACCACCUGCUUCAAGCUGGCCCCUCAGCACGACUGUGCUGAGGGCAAAGGAUGUUUCAGAGACCACAGGGCCAUCAAGGUGUCAGCUCGGCACUUGCAGAGGCUUCAUCCCAACCGGCUCCAUUUCUGGGAUAAAGGCACAGGUGGGGCUCUGUCACAGCCUGUGGUGCCCCUGGAGACCCCCAUGUCAUUCUACAGCCAGUGUCUGCAGCUAACCCAGGCAGUCUGGAGACCCAGGGGACAGAAGAAAUUCUGGAGCUCAUGACUUCAGUUACAGCAGCUUGGGCUCCAGCCUGGACCUCCUUCCCAGUGUCGCUAUGUUCUGAGAGACUUGGUCUCUUCUCUGAGGAACAGCAUGGCUCUCAGGGACUGCAGGAGGCUUGAUGGAGGGAAUCUCAGG